AUGGAUUUUUUCGAUCUACUGGAUGCAGAGCUUAAAGAUCCAGAGGAAUUUAUAAACCAUGUGUGCCAUAAAUGCGGAAUCUCUAAGGAGGACUUUAGAUCAAAAUAUAGUGAAGCAUGUAUUUGUGGAAACUCUCACUCAAAUAUUUUCACAACCGUCAUGGAUAUUUUUUCCUACGAUUGUUUCACGGCAGAUAGGUACCGAAUGAAGAAAGCAAGAAUGACGUUUCUCACAAAAUUCUUCGAGUACUUGAUUGCUGGGGAUAUUGGAAUCGAGGCAAUGGGCCGGAAGCGUGAGUGUUGCUUAAUACUUCUCAUUUGUUUAGUGAAGGAAUAUGAUUAUUCUGCUCGAUGUAGCCUUGUGUGGACUACUAACUAUUUUGCAUACCGUUGUCGCACAUGUGGAAUUUCCUCAAGCAUGUCAUUGUGCAGCUCAUGCUUUACCGCAGGGAAUCAUGUUGGACACGACUUUAACAAGUUCAAGAGUUUGGCUGGCGGAGCAUGCGAUUGUGGCGACUCAUCGGUCAUGAAGGAGUCUGGGUAA